UCAGCCGUCAGCAGCAGCCAGCAAGUUCGGUUCUAUUCUGUGCUCAGCAGUACACCUCUGAGUUAAGUUUUAUUUUGUGGAAUGUGGAUUGCUUGAUAUUAGUUUAUCGUCUUUGAAGACGAUUUUUGUGUUUUAGUGAGUGAAAUAUUCUGUGAAGACAAACAUACAUACGGUACAACGCUGAAGGUGAGGCAAGAUAGCUAUGCAGACGGUGUCGAACUGCGGUAGUAUCGGCUUGUGUCUGUCGUAAGGAUUUACCCCAGCGUGUAACGUGGUUCCGUGUCUAAAAUCGUGUUCUAGUUGCUCAAAAUUUAGUGUCAAACAUAAAAGUUCCUUGUGAUGGCUAGUGAUUAUACGUUGUGCGUCCUUACUGUGAAUUGAUUAGUUGGAUAAGUGGAUUUCAAGUGUUGUUAAAAACUUUUUAAGAUAAGCGCCAUCUGCUAUAGAAUAGCGAACUUAAUUUUACAUGUUAUCAACGCCAUCUGUUGAGCGAUGGCGUCUUUGCUAUAAGCGUAAUUGUUGUGAAUAGUGAACUCUGUUGUUGGACGGCGGAGGUAUAAGUUUCGUUUUUAAUAUGCAGUGUUGUGAUUAACGCCACUUGUUGUCGAGUGGCGCAUUGCGAUGGAGGCCGGGUACAUACCGGCCACUAUGGCGGGAAACGCGGUAAAUGUUCCGCCUCCCGCCGUUGUGGCGCCACCGGCGAACGUGAUUCGCGCCCCCGGACUCAAGAGGGGGAAAAUGGAGGAAGCUAUCACGGAUAGGAUCAAGUUGGAGAGUGUGCUGGGUCUAACGGUGAGCAGUAAUGCGGCGCUGGACUGCGACCCCAACACGGAGCUGGUGGCCUAUCCUGCCGGAUGCACUGUGGUUCUGUACAACGUGCGCAAGAACCGGCAGUCACACGUGCUGAAUGCGUCGCGGAAGAGCGUCACGUGCGUAGCUUUCUCUCCUGACGGUCGCUACCUGGCCACCGGGGAGUGUGGCCAUGCGCCCGCCGUCCGCGUCUGGGACCUUCAGGAUCCCACGGCUUCAGGAGCAGUGCAGAUAGCGGAGUUCCCUGGUCACACGCAUGGGGUUAAUUGUGUGGCUUUCUCCAAGUCGUCGAAGUAUCUGGUGUCCGUUGGCUCGCAGCAUGAUAUGAUAGUCAACGUGUGGGACUGGCGGAGCAACCUCAAGCUUGCCAGCAAUAAGGUUUCGUCCCGAGUGAAGGCGGUGAGUUUCUCUGAAAACGGGGACUACUUCGUUACGGUUGGCUUUCGGCACGUCAAAUUCUGGUAUCUGGAGUAUUCGCGAAAUGCCAAGUACAAAGAGCCGGUGCCGCUCAUGGGCCGUUCGGCAAUCCUCGGCGAGCAGAAGGACAAUGAGUUCUGCGACGUGGUGUGCGGGCGAGGCGACACAGCGGAUAGCACGUACGCGAUCACUCGCGGCGGCCUGCUGUGUGAGUUCAACAGCCGCCGCCUCCUGGACAAGUGGGUGGAGCUGAGGACAACGAGCGCCAACUGCAUGGCGAUCGGUUCCAACUACAUCUUCGUGGGGUGCGCCGAGGGCAUCGUGAGGUGCUUCGCCCCGGAUACGUUGCGGCACGUGACCACCCUGCCGCGGACCCAUUACCUGGGCGUAGACGUCGCGCAGGGCGUCAAUAUCAACCACAUAAUAAGUCAGCCGCCGAACGCUCGCUAUCCCGACACCGUGGCGCUGACAUACGACGAGCGGAACCACAAACUGACCUGCGUUUACAACGAUCACAGCCUCUACGUGUGGGACGUGCGGGAUAUCAAACGGGUGGGCAAAUCACACUCGUCGUUAUUCCACUCGGCUUGCAUCUGGGGUGUGGACAUGGCGCCGGCGGACGUGGAAGGCGAGGGAGCCCUGCCGCCUGGUACCUUCCUCACGUGCUCCAGCGACGACACCGUGCGCUUCUGGAGCCUGGGCCCCGAGCACACAAACAUCUAUAGCAAUGAGCUAAACAAAGUGAUAUAUAUAGACCCCGAGCUUAAGUUCCUGAAGGAUGUUGAUUUGACGGCGAUGAGUGACCGCGACAAGUCGAAGAAUUAUGACGACAAGACUGGAGUCAGAUGCGUGCGAGUGUCGCCGUGCGGGCGCCACGUGGCGGCGGGCGACCGCGCCGGAAACAUCUGGGUUCACGACGCGGCCUCGGGCGCGGCGCUGCACACGCUCGAGGCGCACGACGCGGAGGUGCUGUGUCUGGAGUACUCCGCCAGCCCCAGGCUGCUGGCCUCCGCGUCCAGGGACCGGCUCAUACACGUGUUCCGGGUGGAUAAGGGUUACCAAAUCCUGCAGACUCUAGACGAACACUCCUCAUCUAUCACAGCAGUGCGCUUCCUGAGCUCCAAUGGAGGUCUGCAGAUGGUGUCUUGCGGCGCUGACAAGACCAUACUCUUCAGACAGUUACGGACGACGGCAGAGGGCGGGUACUUGUUCGCGCGCGGACAGAACGUGUCGGGACGCACCACACUGUACGAUAUGGAGGUGGAUGCGGGCGGCCGCCACGUGCUCACCGCGUGCCAGGAUCGAAACGUCCGCGUGUAUAGCUCGUCUAACGGCAGGCACACGAAAACGUUCCGAGGCACUACGGCCGAAGAUGGCACCCUGAUCAAAGUGGCGUUGGACACGAGUGGCAUCUACCUGGCGACGUCGUGUACGGACAAGAUACUGAGUGUGUACGACUAUUACUCGGGCGAGUGUAUGGCCACCAUGUACGGCCAUUCCGAGAUCGUGACUGGCCUGAGGUUCACUCCCGACUGCCAGCACCUGGUGUCCGCGAGUGGGGACGGGUGCGUGUGCAUCUGGCGCGUGCCCCACGACAUGGUGGUCACCAUGCGUGCCCGCCUGGCGCAGCAAGCCAUCCGCCACAGGAGAAAAGUAGCGCCGACGAACGGAAUAUCGGGUUUGGAGAGCGAGACAGACUCAUAUCUCGGGUCACCGCCGAGGGAGAUUCAAGAUGACAAGUUUGCGGCGCCUGUCGUUCCCGACUACACGUUACGGAUAGGUCGGCUACCCUCGUGGGCCAAGAAGAGUCUGGGUGACGAGCUGGUAGCACCUGAUCAGCCGCCCGAACCUCCAGCUCGGGGGAAAUGGGCAACUAGAAUAUUACCGAAUUCAGAGAAGAGGGAUUCCGACGGCUCCAAGGAUAGUUCAAUUGACAGUGGCACAGACACACGUUAUAUCGAGAAGAGACGAGAGCAGACUGUUAAACAGAGGCCGAAAUCCCUCAACUUGUCGCAACUGCCGCGCGUCGAAGCGCUGUUCAGGAAUUUCGACAGAAAUUUGAAAGCGACGUACGAUAUAUUAACCAUAUCUCCGAAGGCCGAGAAGGUAACAAUAAACCUACCGAAAACACGUACGCAAGAAACGCGUACCCGCCACCUUACAGACGAUUCUUCCCUCGGCAGUCUUAAGUUUGAGGACCAGGAGUCUACAGAGCAUGACGGCGACGUGGAGGACAUCUCGGACGGAGAGCGCACCUCGUCAUCAGAGCGGGGGAGACCCACCUACUAUCCGGGGAACAAUGAUGAUACGCCUGGGGAGUUCAUGGUGACGGCGUUAGACGCUGCAGAAUUACGGCAGUCCAUGCGGAAGGCCAAGCGCUGGGGGACUGACGGACCGCGACUGGAUCUGCCGACCACCUCGCUGAGUGGCACGCCCCACGACUCCGAUGAUGAUGAGGUGUCGACGCCGUCGGGUGACAACGCGGACCGCAACCCACUGUCCGGGUCGUGUGAGUCAAUCGACACGGCCGGCCGCCGGGGGAAGUACGUCAAGUCCGCGUUCGACAGUCUGAGCGGUGCCAACAACGACGCUAAUGUUGUAAACUCGGGCACCAAGUCGAUCUCGUCGCAGCACCUAUCUCGCGGGCCAGUUCGCGACCCUGAGGCACUCCGGAAACGCGAAGAGUUGGAGCGCAGGAUCAAGGAGACCAAGCGACAGUUGGACAGCGUUGGAUAUAAGUCUAAUCUCAAAUGCAGUCAAUCCACAACAGACCUGUCCUACAUACCGGAAAAAGACGGUUCGAAACGGAACAGGCCGGUGUCCAUGGCUGUGGCGGGCAAUACACGACCUUAUGCACGCACGCACCUAUCUCCCGAGCAAGACUGUGAGACGGGUAUGCGUCGCGCCAUCUCGCUUUCUGAUCUAGCGGCCAAGCCAGUCCCGGCGCCCAGGACGCCGCAAGGUCCUACCAAGCCGACAACAAAUGCCAAUGUCAAGUCGCCGAGCGGUUUUGUUCGUCCGGCGCCGAGGUACAACAAGUCAAACAUGACGAGGAGUUCUAGUGUUGGUGUUCUCAACCAGAGCGAUUCGGAGUCCGACCCACAGCCGUCACGAACACAGCCCCGCACAGGGGGCCUGAUGCGGCCCACCAUUAGCUCUAUGAACAAGGCGGCCGCAAACACGGCCCGGCGGCGAGGGUUGGCCAAUUCUUACAGCACAGUGAAUGUCGCUCGAUCGGACUCCAGCUCAGAACCUGAGGAGAGAAAUGAAACGCCCCAGGCUCGACCUAGGGCUGCUUCUGCAGACAGAGCCUCGAGGAGAUUAGGUCGCAGUGGCAGUGACAGAGACUUGUCGGCGAAGGCCCGCGAUGUUACCAACAGGCUGGCGGGGAACCAGCGACAGAGGAAGACGGAAGUCGCAGAGAUACCAUCAUCACAAUUGUGCUCCGCGUUGACGGAACAGCUGACGAAGACCGCGAGCAAAGUGGCCACCUUGUACAGGUCAUUACAGAGAGAAGCUGGCGCAUCCGCUGAUAUAAGUGGUCUCGAAGCGGCGAUCCUCGAGACACAGAAGGUGUUGCGUGCCGCGGUGCAGGGCGAACCGGACAACAGGCAAAGGAUAGACAAUUUACUGUCUCAAGAGGCCUCCACGACAGGGAACCCGGCCAUGACAAUCAUUGAACAGUACUCCGACAUACUCCUCAACAUGAUGCAGAACAAAAUGGUCAGCCAAUUCUCGCAGAGUCCGCAGAGUUUGCCGCCGAGGGAACCCGGGGCGGAGAGCUAGUAGUGUGACAGUGCUCUGUGAAAUAUUUGACAUUUUGGGCCUUUAUAUAUCGCGAGACUUAUAUAGUCGGCCUUUAAAUCUAAAUGGGACUAUGAAUACUUAGUGGGCCUUGUGGGGUGUAGUUGUUCACUCAUGAGGCCUAGUGUUACUUCAGGCUUUUAUAUCUAAGGCCUUUGACGCUACGGUGGGCUAUCAACAUUUACAGCGUGUUAAAGUAAUUCAAAUGUGACUUAGUGCAAAAAGGACACGGAAUGGAUUUUAUUAAUGGUCUGUAAUGUUUGGAAUUACGCUUUAUCUGACGUGACCUACCGGACCUGAAUAAAUCAGCAUUACAGGCCUCUACAAAAAUCUGGCCUUAAGACUAAUAAUUAUAUAUAUUAUUCAAAUGUGAAAAACUCGAUGCCUGCGAAUAAAAUCUCAGCACGUAAUACCACACAUGUGUGUCACUAGUUCUUGAUAUUGGAACAGCGGCUAUCAAAAGCUCAGCAUGUUAAAAUAAAGUUUAUAAUUUCCAAAUCAUUCCGAACAAUUCGUUAUUAAAGUAUUGAUAAAAUGUUUGAAUUAGAACAAAUGAGUUAUCAUUCCAAGUAAGACUUCAAUCAUUCAUGUGCUUAAUGAACAGACGGAGUAAGAUUGCCAAGUCAAGGCAAAGGUGAUUGCGAUCCCACUGGGGUUGAAAAUGGGGGCGACGGUGUUAACUCACCAUUAAGGAACUUCAUUAGCCAUCCUAUCCCAUAUAAAAUCUCAUAUUUUGCAGUUAGCACUGCCUUGUUAGAUGCUUUGGAUUAAAAAGAAAUCAAUUCCCAAAUUUAGAUCGUAAGUAGGAUAUUGUGAAUUCUAAUUCUGUAUAUUUUGAAUUAUGGAAGAAUUGAUAAUUGGAAUUGGAUAAGUAGAAAUAAUGUUGGAAUUGAUGGAAAUGGAAUUUUGUAAUUAAUAGCUAUAGUGAUGUGAUUAAUUGUUAUGUUAACACACUAAAUAAUGCCUAUCGGUUAUAUGUUUAUAGUAAAGAGCAUAUAUUUAUUGCAUUUAUCAUAUUUUUUUGUAUUAUUUUAAGUCAUGGCUAGAUUAGAAAAAUAUUACUCCUAUCGACAUAGUUAAAAUUACAAUGAAAGGAAUUUGCAUCCGGGAUUUGUUUGAUAAUGUUUCUUCGUAUUCAUUUGAGUCAGUUUUAAUAUCAUAAAAUGAAUAUUUCAAUAAAAUGACACACUUUAAUAUGAAAUGGAAUGUUAGUAUUUUUAUGAAACCACAGAGGUCUCGAGUAAAAGGUUUUUUACUGUUUUGUUUGGCAGCAAAUCGCUUGACAUUUUAUUGCAUAUUUAACAAAUAGUUGAAUUUUAUUGUUAUGAAUGUCAAAAUGGGUUUUUUCUGUUCUUCAAUUAUAUUGCUAUCUAUGGUUUAUAAUGCUUAAAAACAGACUUCUUAAUUUUUCUGUUUUAUGUUCUUCACUUCCAUUUCUUUGUAGGCAAUCUUACGUACAUCUCUUGAAUUUCAAACGGGCAUCAACAAAUAGAAUUUGGUUACCGUAAUAUAAAAAUUACCUUAAAUCUUACCUCUGUGCUACCCGGCCAUGUGCCAAUGUGAAAUAAAUAAAAUGACAGCACGGCGCCAUUUUGUUUUUGUUGAUUGAUAUUUUACUGUUGCCAAUCUACGUAAGGCUUUUCUUAUCUUAAUAGCAUUUGAGUUUCAGUGAUAAUAUUAUUUUAAUUGUAUUACUUUAGUCUCACUUACUGCCCUCUAGAUCCAACGAUUCUCGAUUCGGAACAUGUCAGAUGGUUUUGUAAUUUUUGUUAUCGUUAACAUUAUUUAUGGAUCUAAAUUUACAUAAUAAAAACUCGUGAGCUUUUCCAUUAAAUUUUAAUGUCAUCAAUACUGCGCCUAAUUUUUUAUUUGUAAAUUUAAGCCAAUCGCUUUGAUUUUCAAUAUUUUUUUUUGUUAAAAAUAAAAUGGGCACAUUUCGAGGCGUACUCGAGUAACAGAGAAGUUAAAAAAUAUUUAAGUUGUUUAAGGAAAUGAAUAAUUUAAUUUGCUGUUUAAUUGUUGUUUUAUAUAAUUUUAAAUGAGAAAACUAUUUUGUCACAUUUUUUUUUUCAAUUAGUACAGAGUCAUGCAAUGUUAUUCGAAUUGUACUAUAUUUUGUCAUUUUAAAUCAUAUUAUCUAGUUUUAUAUACAUAGGUUGUUCGUAAAACAGUGAUUUUCAACCUCCUUGUGUAGGAUGCGGUGAAAUAAAAAAAAUAUCUCUUCGCUUCUGAGAAUCCUCUUGCAAAGACUUAUUACCAUUAAAAUUAAAAGUCUCUACAACAUAAGAAUUACUUAUAUAUAUUUUUUAUAAAACAAUCAUGGUUUUUUAUUAUUUUGUUGUGUUAUUUUUAUUUUUUUAUUAUAUUUUUCACUUAAUUCAUCCAAACGGGUUCGGACACGAUUACCUGUAUAAUUACUGUUUCGCGACAGUAUCAUACGAUUACGAUUGUUGAAAGAAUUUGUUGUCGUAAAAAUAUUUAAUGCGUAAGUCGGCAGUAUUCCUGUUUAUAGCGUCCUUUAAAGUCAAGUUAGUUUUAAAACGGUUCGUCAAUGCGUCACAAAUUGUAAUAAUCUUAUUUUUAAUAUAAUUAAAAUAGAUUGCCUCUCCAUCUAGAGAUAGGCGUGAAUGAAUGCAGAUUCAAUAAUAAUGGUGUAUUUUGUGUAAUCAAGAUGGCGGUAUUAUUGUAUUUAAAUUAUCGCUUUUCAUUUGAGAAAUGUUUUGUGUGAUAUAGGUGUUAUAUAGUGGUAUCGCCAAAUAAGCUUUCGUCGAAUACAAAAGACAUAAUGCAUGCGUAAAUUAAACUGUUAUCACCUUUUUAACACUAGUAGUUCUCAGAUGAUAAGCAAAGGCGUAGCGUUUUGUAUUCUAGCGAGUAAUUUAUGUUUAGUGAAUACGGGUCUAUGUAAAAUGGCGCCUGGUUGCCGGCGGUAAUAUUUGAAAUGAGAGAAUAUCAAGGUUUUGUUUGACCGCAGUCCCCAAUUGAAAUGGAUGACAGAUGUUUACAGUAUAGAUUCUUUAAUAACGCGAGGAUUAAACAUUUUAAUAUUUUGUUGUAGUAGUUAACGCGUGUUAUUAACUGACUUACUACAUUGAUUUUUUGGUAACUUCUAUAUUCUUUAUCUUUCCAGUCUAAGUGUUCUAUGUUUUCAUUUAAGUUUUGAUAUUUUAAAAAUUUCUUUAAAAAGUAAUACUCUCUUUUUUUAUUAGUUAGUUACAUUAUUUAGAUAUAAUUUUGUCGGUAAAGUUAAUAAAAUUUGUGUCGUUAAGGAUCUAUUGAAUGUUUCCGGUAUCUCGUUUCAAGUAUUUGUCGCCAUGGCAACCGCUCGUUAUAAUCCCAAAGGGUCUGCAACGGAAGGGAUGUAAAUAUAUUUUAUUUAAUGUUCAAAAAUAUAUUGCCAUGAACGAAAGACUAAUGUAAAUGUAGGAAUGUACGAUAAUACAGUAAUUUGAAUUUA